GCAACGUAUGAAAAUUUUUAAAUUAUGUAGUAAUGCCAUCUAACGAGAUUCUACUAGAAACCUCUUUGACGUUUAAGAUCAACGCGUCCGCGCUGUACGCGUCUAUGGUUCUGCUCGCGUGGAAAGUCAACGAGAAAAAUUCGUGACGUGCUUAACCCACAUUUUUCUUAUAGUAUUUGUAAAAUGUCCGUUUUCCUAGAAUUUUUCCUUUUAUUCCUGUAAAAGCUCAAUUUACAACGAUAAAAAACGAUCGAAUCAUCCAAAGUGACGAUUCGAAUGUUCCGUGGAAGAAAAUAAUGCUUAUAUUCGCGUAUGGACACCAGUGCCAGAACGAUAGCUAGGUUUUACAAAAAUAAGAAGCAAGUGAUCCUAAAGGCAGUAUGAGUAAUCCUUAUAGAGCCAGACCAACCAGGUCUAAGGUAGAUCACAAUUUAGGAUAUGGAGUUCAUAAUCAAAAUGUAUGGAAUCCAGUAUCUAGAGUAUUCUCAGAAAUGCCAUCAAAUGAUUCUAUUCAACAUCAACCACCCAUUGUGAAUCAGUCAAAACAACAAACUGAUCCUUGGAAUAAUUCAUGGAAUUGGGACUUUGACAAACAAACAACAGAUAAUCAGCAACAACAGCCUCAACAGCAAGAGCAGCAACAGCAUUAUGUACCUUCGUAUACAACUCAAGGGCAACUUAUUUCCAAUUCUGUUCAAGAUCAUUAUUAUCAAAAUGUUAAUGGUAACAAGUCAGAUUUACUCAACCAGAACUUGAUGCUAGAUAGAAAUGCACCAACAACAGUUGCCAAUAGGCUGCCAACUUCAAACCAUUCGGACACCUUUAAACCUUACCCAAAUUAUACCCAAUAUCAGCAGUAUCCACCACCACCCCCACAGGCAAUGUCCACCAAAUCUGGUUCUCUGAAUUUUGAUCAAUCUCAAUGGACAAGUGAACAGUCUAAAAAUAUUCCUUAUGGACAACAAAUAUCAAAUGUUCAACAACAAAAAGAUCAAGCAGCGCGUCCUGCUCUAGUUGGUAGUAAUUAUAAUUGGAACAAGCCUGAUCAAACAAAUUUAAUGACUCCUCAUAAUUGGCAAAGUCAUGUUAGUUUGCCAGGACACGUACAAGAUCCAAAAACAGAAAAGGAGGUGUACACUUUUGAUGAUACGGGUAAUCAAAGUGUACCACCGUUACAACAAAGUAGAUCAAAUCAGCACCUUUUAUCUUCUACUGAAAAUAGAGAACAUUCCAUAAAUGAAGCAAAUAACUGGUCCAAUCAAGUGACCGCAUCUGCUUCUCGUAGAAACAGCCAAAAUCGCGAAAAUGUAUUAUCCAGUCAAAGUCAACAACCAGCACAGGCUUAUAAUAGCAGUAAUGAAUUUAUUUCUUGGUCACAAGCAGGAAGUGUAGAUGCUUUACAGCAGUGGAAACACACAGAUGACGCAUAUUCAACUCGGUGGUCGCAGGAGCAACAAGAAAAUAAUAAUUUAUCAGAAGAAAUCGUUAAACAAGAUAAAACUGUUGUUCUUGCAACAAGUGACUGGCAACAGAAUCAUACAUUAUCUCAUCAUACUUUACCUAAUGCGAUUCCAACAACAGAACCUAGUACAGAUGAUGAAAGAAAAAAAUCUAUUCCUUCGUUACAUCCGAAUUCUUUAAACUCUGCGGAUGCUAAUAUACAUGCGAAACCAAAUAUUGUUAAACCACAACUACCAGAUUCUCGACUUAACGUGUCUGUUACUCCUGAAACUAUAUCAACAGUUGCUAGCUCUGAAAAUGUAUCCAUGCAGGAAAGCAAUGAUUUUAAUCUAGUUAGCGAACCAGUAGAACGGGGAAAAAAUAAUUCAACAGAAGAAUUACCAGCAAAAUUAGAACAAUUAAAUCUUGGUACUAAACUGAACAAACAUUUAGAAAAUCAAAAUGAAACAAAAGAAGGAAAUCCUGUUAUGUCUGAGGAUGCAUGGAAUCAAAAUACAGCUUCCUAUAAGAGUACCACACCUGAUAAUAUACCCGGUUUACCUUUGGAUUAUUCUUUACUACCUUUACUACCUCCGGAAAAUCAAAAUGUUAUUAGUCAGGAACAUCCAGUGGUCAAUACAUAUCAAAUGUCAAAUAUUAAGCCAAUGGAUAAUGUAGCACAAAGUGGAUACGAUCAGUGGUACAGUCAAGCUGCGUUGCCGCAUUCUUCGGAUAAUACCUGGUAUUCGAAGGAUCAUGUUUGCCCGCCCAAAGAAUGGGUUACCGAACAAAAUGUAGAGAAUUAUGAAAAUAUUCAACAGCCUUCAGAAUUUGUUAAUUUAGAAGUAGUUGCGCCGUCGUUACAAAAACGCGAUAUGUACGGCUCUAGAGAUUCCAUAAAUAAGGAAACUUUAGAUAACGAUCCGAAACCGGUUGUGAAUCCAAUCAAGGAAACAACUAACGCGCGCGAUUUUAGGCAAGAAGUGAAUAAUAUCGAGGUACCUUCUGCUCCGCAGUCAGCACGACCUCAUGCGCUUCUUCAAUCGGAACAGGUACCAGAUAAUUAUGAGUUUGCGACAAACGAUAGGAAUACAUUUUUGGAAACUGGAGAAUUAACAGAUUCUCAUCAGGAACACGAACCUACACCGCCGAGUCAAGACGACGAAAACGAUGAAGUGCCUAAUGACAUUCCUUUCUUGCGAGAAGUACCAGGACAAUCGAGUUCCAUAGAUCCACGGAGAAACGAUCCGACCGGACAGGAACAGUAUAUUCAAUCCGGUCAAAGGCUAUCUGAUCCAAGAAGAAACGAUCCUUCCGGUCAGGAGCAGACUGUUCAGUUACGAAAUAUAUCUGACAGAUCAGAACGUCGUGACGUACCACCAGGACAGGAGAGAAACGUAUCGUUGCUUUUACGUUCAGACUCUGAUACGAUGGAGCGUCGAAACGAUCCAUCUGGCAGAGAACGAUCUCUACCUCCGCAGCAGUCUCGCAACGAUCCUUCUGGGGAGGAAAGGCAUCAGCCUCAAGCACAGAUCAUGCUCGAACCUAGCGAAACACGGGAGGUACCUGGAAGGGGUAACGAACCUGAAGAUCCAACUCAGCAAGCUAAUGAAAAUCUGAGACAGAUACCAGGAGGUGCAUCUCCGAAUGAAGUUAUUCAAAGUUCCGACGACAGACCGAAUGGCAGGAUAGUUACAGGUUCUCAAGAAAUCGCUUCUACAGGCUCUACGUUGCAAGACCAAACUAGCGAUUCAAGAAACAAACGCGAAGAAGCGGUUGGUGCUUCCGUACGCGAAAAUCAGGGAGUUGCCGCAUCAUCGAAUCGUAGAGAUUCCUACGAAGACGAGGAUGAUGAAGGAUCUGCGAAUAGUAGAGACGAUAGUAGAGAAAGACGUCGUGACAGUAGCUCGGAACGACGGCGAUACGAAUACGAACGAAAAAGCACAUAUUAUGAUCGUGAACGAGAGUACGACGAUGAUUAUUAUUAUGAUCGUCGUCGUGGAGGAGAAAGUGAUCGAACGUACGCUGUGCGCGAUGAAUUCGACCGUCGAGAAAUUCCAUUUCGAGAAGACGAUCGCAAGCACCAUAGUCGCGAUGAUCUGGAUAGGCAUGCGAGGGAAGAGAUCGAGAGAAGAAGUAGAGGUAAAGAAGAUUUGGACGAGAGAGACGGCAGAAGGAGACCCGAGGAUCGCAGAAAAGAAAGAGACGAUCCGCGUCGCAGGGAUAGAGAAAUUAGAGACUAUGAUUCACGAUAUUCUAGAGAAUAUCUUGAUCGCGAUAGAAGAAGGGAUGAAAGACGAUCGAGACGAUACGAAGAUUACGAUAUAAGAGAUCCGUACAGACGAGAAUAUUACGAUGAUCCUUAUAGCAGAGGAUCUAGGCCAUCCAGUAGAUCUUCUUACAACGACAGAGAUCGAGAAUAUUAUAUGCGAGCAAGAGAUCCUUACUACGGCUAUAAUGGAGGAUAUCCUGGAUAUGAUUAUGGUGCUCACUAUGCUAGUAAUUAUUAUGCGUAUAUAGAAAAUUUACGACGUACAAAUCCUGCUGCUUAUUCUGAAUGGUAUCAUAAAUAUUAUGCUAAUCAACACCAGCAGCAGCAGCAGCAGCAGCACAUAUCUCGAGGUGCAACUAAUUAUCCAGAAGAUAGAGCAAGUGUUCAUUCGGGACGUAGCUCUUGCGACGAAAGAACGACAGGUGAUAAACGAACUAUAGGGGAUAUGUCUAUGCUUGAAGAUUCGAUAACUACUUCGGCACGAAUGACGCCAUCCAAGUAUUCCGUUUCUCAUGUAUACGGGAGUUUUUCAAUUGGAUCUCUAAUACAUGUACAUCCAAAUUAUCCAACUGAUGGUGAAAGAGCCAAAAUUGACAUUAUUAGAUUGGAUAGUUUACUUUCACACGAUUCUGUAACACGAGACUUACGAGCUUAUCCUGGACCUCUAAUCAAGCAAGUGGGUGUAACUCAUAAGAAAACUAUUAUUGAGUAUUGUGAAAGCAAAAUUAAAAAAGCAGCAUCAAACGAAGAGAUGACUGAUUGUGCUUCGUAUAUACUUUUGUAUGAACUGAUGAUUAUGUUGAUACAACAAAAUGGAAAUGUUGUUGGCGUUGAUAUAGCAGCGUUGUUACUUAGAAACAAAGAUGCAUAUCCUUACGAUCUUAACAAACAAAAGGAUUCAGGAAGAAGGGAAUCGGUGAUAUCGCAAAGAUCAGGUGCCACUGUCGGAGAUAGUGUUCAAAGUAAUCAAGAUGCUACAACCUCUGAGAAAGUCGAAAGUAAACCACGAAAAAGUGUCGAACAAAUAACAGACGAGUUUAGAAAUACGCUACUUUAUGGAUUGGUUCAAGAAGCUCUAGAAUAUGCAAUGAACGAAGGACUUUGGGGACAUGCACUUUUCUUGGCUAGUAAAUUAGAUAAACGUACUCAUGCAUCUGUGAUGACACGUUUUGCUAAUAGUUUACCGUAUCACGAUCCGCUGCAAACUUUGUAUCAACUUCAUUCCGGCCGUACACCGGCUGCUGUUACCGCUAUAUCAGAUCCACGAUGGGAUGAUUGGAGGCCUCAUUUGGCUAUGAUCAUAUCGAAUACGUCUGCCAAUCCUGAAAUCAAUCGUCGUUCGAUUACGACCCUCGGGGACACGCUUUCUGUACGAGGAGAUAUUCACGCUGCACACUUUUGUUACAUACUUGCGCAAGUUGACUUUGGUGCUUACGAAGCGAGUAAUGCGAAACUCGUGUUAAUUGGUGCAAAUCAUCAUAAACCAUACAAUACAUUUCUGUCGACAGAAGCAGUCAUGCUUACAGAAAUAUAUGAAUACGCUAGAAAUCUUAGCGAGCCAGGAUUCACGUUGGUGGAUCUUCAAACGUUUAAAUUUGAUUUAGCGGUAAAAAUGGUUGAUCAUGGAUUAAUAGAGAAAGCUUUGUUGUACAUAGAACAAAUUGCAAUAAAUAUUGCCAAUGAACCGUCAAAGUAUAAGAAAUCGUUCAUCGAUGCAGUGUACAAUUUAGGAGACAGAAUUAGAUACCAUGAUCCAGUUUAUAAAGAAUCCGUAGAUGAAGCUACAACCUUAACAUGGUUUAAUAAUUUAGCUGAAAUUGUGGGCAAAUUUCAGUCUGGAGAAAUUAAUGAAAAUGAAGGUUACGUUCCACAAUCAAAAAUAUCACAGUACAAUCCAAAUAUAGGAAUGCAGGAAACGAAACAAAAAUCGAACACGAUGCAAUCCGAAUACAGAGAAGGUCCAACAUCAAUGAUGGAAGUAGCUUCGAGUAAUGUGCAAUCAGACUGGCAGCCUUUAUCUUUGCCGUCCAACGUGCCAGAGGCAUACGAUCAAAGCUUACAGUACAUAACGAAUACCGAUGAAUCGUCUCAAUAUCAACAAUCUCAACAGCAGGAUUAUUGGAGUCAAGAUUCGUAUUAUCAGAAUAAUUAUGGAAGAAACGAAAGCACCGUUACCAAUUGGCAACAUCAAUCAACUCAUACAUCGUAUCCUUCGGAACAAGGUGACAUCGAUAAUUCACAGCAACAGGAAAAAUGGAACUAUGAGACGGAAAGGGAAGAAAAAACACCCACUCCUGAACCGUCUCAACCAAUGAUUUCUAUGACACCGUCUACAAGAAAACAGUAUGAUCCAUUAGAAGAAUUGGAUGCACUCGAGACUCCGAAACAAACUUCGAAAUCGGGAGCCACGGCUAAAAAUGUUCCAGAAAAGUCAACACAGAAGAAACCUUCUAAUAGCGGAGGUUCUUGGUUCGGUGGUCUUUUUAGCAAGCUUGCCCCAAAACCAAGGAACCAGAUGAUUCUACCGGAUGACAAUAAUCCGACGAUUGUUUGGGAUCCUGUUGCUAAAAAAUGGAUGAACAAAGACGAAGACGUAGAUAGCAGUUCUACAACAUUAGCUCCACCUCCAAAAGCAUCUGAUAUGGGAUUUAGAGCACCUGUGGCAGAACAUACCUCUGAACCACCACAACCGACUCAACUAUCUCAACCACCUUCACAAGCUGACGAAUCAACAGUGAACAAGUUUAAAUUACCGAAGGGAAGAAGUAUGCGCGCUAACUACAUAGACGUAAUGAAUCCUAACAGUAUGAAAAAUAAUGCACCGCCUUCGAGUAUACCAACUCCGGUAACAUCUCCACUUGUGCCUAUGGCAGCCUCGUCGCCUCAAUUAUUCAUUCCUGCUCCAGUCAAUGAUCCAAAUGCUCCUGUGGACUUUUUAACGCCUACCUCAACUCCAGUUGCACCUUCCACAAAUGUUUCCGAAAAUACAUCUCAAGGGCAGUCGGGGAGGCAGAAUGAUGUAGCCAAAUAAUAAUUGUUGCUGAUACUCUCUCGAUGGAGCUCAACCAGCUCGUUAUCGCGAGAGGUGCAGAGCUACACUAUGAAGGAUCCGCGUCUCCUCCAACGGAACAAGGUAAUCCAGCGGCAUUAAACAUUUUUCAUUUCAGAGGUGAUCACUUAUAAAUAUUAUUCAUCAAUAUAUGAUAGAAAUUUUAACUUAUUACUUUUCAUACAAAAUUUAUAAUAUAGUUAUAUAUACAGAGUAUAUUUUAUUUGGUGCUUUCAUUACAAGUAGCAUUGUACUUUAUUCAUGUUUUUAGAGACAAAUAGAGCCAUUUAAAAGAUACUCUGUACAGUUUAAUAGAUUUAAGAUAAAAUUUUUUUCUUAAUUCAUAGCCAUAUAGCUUUCGCCCUUAAAUCAAGCUUAAACUCAUUAUAUCAAGCACUUUAUUAUUGUGAAAUUUAAAUGGCAAAACUAUGGGAAAGCUUGGUGAAGGAUGUAUUAUUGGUACUGGCCUCGCAAUGUAUGUUCACAUUAAUUGCAAAUCCAACAUUUUUACGCUUUGUGUCACAUUCAGUUAUGUAAGUUAUGAAUAUAUAAUAUAACGAAAAAAGAACAGAAUUUCCUAAGUUUAUGUAACUUUGUUUUAGGAAGAAAUUGUGUAAGAAUAGUGAGAAUGAUUUAACAAAUUUAUGAUAUCAUCGUUUAUAAUUUCAACGAGAUUUUGUUAUUGAUUUAUUACUGAAAAACAAAUAAUGUUCUUUAGGGACCAAUGAUGUACAACCCGAACGAGAUGAAGGAUCAUUCAGUGAAGAAUAUGCAACAGCAAAUUCGGUAUCCACCACGAUAAAAUUACUAAGUUGUAUAUUCGUCGACAAAAUGUCCUGGUAAUCAGAAAUAUAAUGUUCUUCGGUAACACAGGCAAACAUACCUCAGAACAAGGUCAUCAAUAGACGCGCCAUACGUUUUAACCGAGCACAUGUAAAUUUUCAAACUUGUGUCUAUUUUACAGAAAUCAAUUUAGUUUCAAUGGAACAAAGAUAAAUUGAUUAUAUCGUUAGCAAACAAUUGCUUAUAAAUAAUAUUAUGGAUAAAUGAAAACCAUCACAGUUUUAACAAGUUUUAACAAAUUUUAACUUAAAUCGUAAUUAACGUAAAAUAUGUAUUUGUGUUUCUUAGUUUAUACCCUGAGAAACAUGUGCUCCAAGCAUAGAAUUUUGUUAAUUGUACACAGGGUACUUGUUUGAUAAAAAUCAGCUUUAUCACGGAAUGUGUUUUUAGCGAAUUCGUUGAGAUAUGAUUGAGUGAAUUAUAGAUUAUUUUUAUUAUCGUGUAGCUCUUGUGAUUUAAUUGAUUUAUCCCGUAAAGUUUUCAACAAUGUAAAAAUUCCUAAACAGAGAUAUACAUACAUGGCUGGUGUUAUGCUAAGUAAGAUAAACUUUAAUGAAUCUAAUAAUCAUGGUAUUGCUAUCGGCGUGGUAUCGAAUCUCGCGAAGUUUAGAAUUCCAAUUGUAAAGUUAUGUUGCGUGCAUACGUUUGAGGGGAAUAGAUUUGUAUUCGUGACAGGAUUCACGUUUAAUUUGCAUACGAACAAUUCAUUGUAAAACGCGUUCUGCAAGCGUGUAACGUUAACUGUAGUGAAAAUAAUGUUGGUCGUAUCGUCUACGCUAUACGAAAAUUUGUUACGCGACCUAAGAGCACAGUAUACUGUUGAGUCUGAUUUUAUACGAUGGCGAUGAACAAUUAUUGCAUAUGUAAAGCGAAACAAACCGGCGAUGAUGUAAGAAAUGUUAGAAAUGUGAAAAUUUUAUGGAUUCUAUUGUUAGGCGGCGUGUAAUACAGCUACUGUUAUUGAUUGUCGGGCUAUUAUAUCGUUAUAGCAGUGUUAUUUCCAAUAAGAAGCAUAACUGCCAUUUAUCUAUUCAAACUAGGAAAAUUGGCAAAGUGCUUCAACUCGUAUCUCUAUCUUGUAUACUUGGAUACAAUAAGAAGCUGUUUUUUCAGAUUUUAACCACUUAAAAUAAUCAUCUUGAGAGCUCUGAAUAGAAAAUGUUUAAAUGAAAAGCUUCGAAUCUUGAAAUGGAAUUUCGAUUAUAAAUCAUCUGUCGUUUUGAUCGUAAUUGAUAGUUAUUCCACGCACUUAUUUUUCAAAUAAAUUGUAAGCAAUUACUCUCUUCUAGCUGUUUGUCAGAUUCGUCUGUACCGAUCGUUUAAAUGCAAGUUGUUAUCUCAAAUUUGCUUAUAAGUUUAUCAUUCAAGUGAAAAUCGUAAGUUCAGUUUAAAAAAGGUGCAUCGUUCUUGAAUGUGAGAAUCAAAUCAGUAUAUGCCGCGGAAAAGCGUAUGAUGAGAUCAGUCGACAAUUGAAAUACUUUGCCAGCGUAAUCCAUUAUUCAGAAAAUCUAAGUUCCUCGCAAUGAUAUAUUCUAUAUUAUAUUUUUUACGAACAUUGUAGAGGAAGGUUCGUUCUGUUAGGCGCGUUAACUAAUCGAUUGUAGCGAAUUCCAGAUGGAGAACAACAUUUGCGCGAUGUACAAAAUGUAAAGUAAUUCGUUUAGAUUGAUCUCUCAUUUCGACAAUGAUUGAAAACAGGAUAACGCGUUGCGAGAAUGAAAGUUGUGCAUCAAACGAAUAACGUGCGUAUGAGGGUGAAGAAGAUUUUUGUUAAUCCUUUAACGUCCGUAAUUUCUGUGAAUGUUUAAGAGAAAAUCGGGGGGCGUAAAAACGAUAUUCUUUUCCAUCAUUAAUCAUAAUAGAAGCGGAGCUAGGUUUUGUCGAUUCUUGUAAAAUAUAUUAGAUACAGUGUUCUUCAGAGGAACCUUUACGCAGAUUUUAUAACUUCAUUUCUUCUUGUGUAUGUAUAUGUGCUAGCGUACAUUUGUACACGAUUGGAAAUUGGAUGUAUAUGUGCUUUUUCAGAGUAGAGCGAGAAAAGAGGAAAAUGUAUGGUAGAAGAUCUAAAGGUGCAAAGGGUUCCUCUCGUGGAUAUCACAAUUAUUAGAUUAUUCGGUUUUACACACGCGACACGAUAAUGUGCUUUCAAGCAUAUACAUGGUGGGCCACACAACUGUUUUUUUUUUUCAUAAAUGCGUUAAUAACGGAGUUGUCACCUGAAACAGUUGCGUGGCCUACCCUCUAUAUAUGUAUCACGCAUCAAUUGUAGCAUAUUAAUAAUGUCUUAACGCGUCUUUGUGUAUGUUACAUGUAUAUACAUAUAUAUAAAUACAUAAUGAAAUUUAUAA